AUGCAGGACCGACUCGUUAGCCUUUUGAUAUUUAGCAUUGUGCUGUCUGGGUUGAUUGAUAUUGGGUACAGUGAAAGAACAUUUGAUGUUCUUAAUUAUAGAGCUGUUGGGGAUGGAGAAGCUGACGAUUCUGAAGCUUUUGUAAAUGCAUGGAAAGCCUUAUGUGGAGCAGAUGAAGUUGGUGACGUACCUACACUAGUUAUACCUAAGGGAAAAACAUUCUUACUGCAGCCUAUCGAAUUUGAAGGCCCUUGCAGGCCUAAGAGGGUCCAUAUUCAGGUCCUGGGGAAUGUAGUGGCACCCAAAACGGUGGAUGCAUGGAAAGAGUGCCCAUCAUCAAAUACCUGGCUCCAAUUUACAAAUGUGGCAAAUCUCAUACUGGAUGGUUCAGGAACAAUCAAUGGCCAGGGUUCACCUUGGUGGCAGGCUCUACACUUUAACAGAUGUGACAAUCUUCGUUUAAGUGGACUUACUCAUGUCAAUAGCCCAAAAGCUCAUAUUGGUAUAAACCACUGCAUCAACGUCGAUGUCUCCCAUCUUACUAUAAUUGCACCUGCCGAAAGUCCGAAUACUGAUGGAAUUGAUAUCUCAAACUCUAUCAAUGUCAAUAUUCAUGACUCUUUUAUUGGAACUGGUGAUGACUGUAUCGCUAUCAAUUCUGGGUCUUCCAACAUCAACAUUACUAACAUUGCGUGUGGACCAGGCCAUGGAAUUAGUGUGGGAAGCUUAGGAAAAAAUGGAGCUCAUGAAACAGUAGAAAAUGUUUACGUGAGAGAUUGUAGUUUCAAUGGUACUCAAAAUGGAGCAAGAAUCAAAACAUGGCAGGGUGGAUCUGGCUAUGCUAAGAAUAUAGUUUUUGAGAAGAUCACACUUGUUGCAGCUGAAAACCCUAUCAUCAUUGACCAAUUUUAUUGUGAUGCUAAAGCUAAAGUAAGCUGCGAUAAUCAUCAGACGUCAGCUGUGACCGUGAGCGAGGUGAGAUACAUUGCUUUUGAAGGAACUUCUGGUAGCGAGGAGGCGAUCACAUUAAACUGCAACCAGAUUCAUGGCUGUCAAAACAUUGUUAUGGAAGAAAUUCAUAUCACCUCUGCUGUUCCUAGUAAGAAGAUUUAUGCAAGUUGCAGCCAUGCCAAAGGAACCUGCAAUGACAGUACUGUGCCCGUAUCUUGCCUCGACAAGUGAUCGCACUGUUCAUGGCUUCUACUUGAUCUAACUCUAUGUUGCAGUUCCUUAUGGCCUUGUAAGAGCCUUAUUAUAU